ACACUGGAUGUACCUGCAAACGCGACAUCUUUACCGGGGCUCACGGUGGGAAAUGGAGCACUUCAACGCACAACUUUUCAUUUGACAGGAGCUUUGUUGCCUGUAGCUUGUUAAAUCUGUUGACAUGGCAGUGGACGCGGCCUCCAGUUUUACGUUCUGUCGCCCUGCGGUGGAGUACAGGGCCCUUCCAGAUGACUUUAAAUACCAGCUGAGCCGCUGCACAGGUGGGAACCUCACCUGGCAUGAGGGGUACAGCCGCAAAACAGCAGGCGGCCGAACGGUCAAACUGCUUCAGCAACCCGGAACUGAGGUUUUUCAGAUACGUUCAGGUGAAUCUUACUCCGCUUACCACACCAGCCCCACCUUGCCGUGUCUCUCCAGGCCGGUGGUUCUGUGGUCUCAGCAGGAUGUUUGCAGAUGGCUAAAGAAACACUGUCCGCACAACUACUUGACCUACGUGGAGGCGUUUUCUCACCACGCCAUUACAGGUCGUGCUCUGUUGAGACUGAAUGGCGAGAAGUUAGAGAGGAUGGGUUUGGUUCAAGAGACCCUGAGACAAGAGCUUCUCCAGCAGGUUCUACAACUACAAGUACAAGAGGAAGGACGCAACUUACAGCUUCUUAGCCGAGGGCUAUCUGGAAACCCGUCAUAGCUUCAGCCAUGCGUGGGGCAGUUCUUCCAGGCUGGUUGCACUUAGGAGGGGCAUCAGAGUGUCUGGGGUUUGAGGCCAAAGACAUUUGACUGAAGCUGUCAUGCGCUGGGACAAAAAGACAUGGGGACAGCCUUCAGUUAUGCUGCUUAACUCCCACAUUCUUACUAUGCUUCAAGAGACUUGGACCAGAUGAGACUUGAGAAAGAUUUCACAUAUGCCUGUCGAUUUAUCAACCCUACUCUGCUUCAACAUUUGGAAUCCUGAAUUCAGAUAUCUAAUAGUGGACCCAGUGUGAUGUACCAAAGCUUCCUAAAUUUGAUGCAACGACCUGACUGAUAGAGUAGAAUUGAAUUUGAAUAUUCUGAUGAGCUCAGUGACUGAUAAUCUUUAUGGAUCACACAAGUUUCAUGGGAGCGACACUGAACGCUUGUCCACAGAAAACAGGUUUGCUGACUUUUAUGCUGGAAUGUGACCUUGCCAGACGUGGCCUCAAACGGAAGACAGUGGCUUAAGCAAAAUGUUCUCUGUUGAAUUCCUGCAGGUGUUCCAGAAAUUGUGCUAUGUAAGAGAUUUGCACAUAAAAUAUUUCAAAACGUUACUUGGGGAGGCUGUAUCUGACUACAGGCUAUGUUGUAGUUAGUUGAAGAUAUUUUUUUAAACAAUUAGUUACCUUAAUCUAAUAUAAUUUAUUUAAUUCUGUCUCUGGAUAGAAACAGAAAAAUUUAUGCGAAAGUGCUGAAAUGAGUCAAAACUGGUUCCCAAUUGCUCACAGAGGAUGAAACUGCAUGUUCCUGGGUCAACAUAAAUCAUAUUUUGGAAACUAUUAUGUUCAAGUCAAAAUUAAGCUCUUGUACAGUAAAACAUUCUGAUCCACAAUCAAUCAAAAUCAUAUUUCUGUAGUUUCAAUUAGGGGUAGAAAUGAGGUUAGAACUUGUGUUGAACAUUUUGCCAUGACUGCUGUUUUUAGGACCAACAAAAGAUUUUGACGCAGGCACAUGCCUUACACUGCAAAAUCGUGGAUGAAAGCAUUGACAUUGAAAUGAUUAGUAUCUUCAGCCACAGAAAAAGCAUGUAAAUUACAAAGCUCUGUAAGCCUCAGAGAAUCGCAGAUGACAGAUGUUGAGUCAAGACAUACAGAUGACAUGCUGCGUCAUUGUGGUUUAAAAAAGAAUCAGGUGUGGGCUUGCCCGAGGGACUUUUCAAAUAGCCCACUUCAAACAUUAAGAUGAUACAUCGUGAGAACUCUGAAAGCUGUUUUAGACAUGCAAGAACUGUUUUCAUAUGUUUACUUUUGUGAGUGUGUAUUAUGUCAUGAUGAUUCAAGUAAUGAUAUGAGUCCGAUUUCUCACGCUAUCGUGGAUUACUGUAAUUCUGUAACUCAGUUUGGGAUAUAAUUAGACUUGAAGAUGAGUUUUCUGUCAUGCUAAAGGUACAUUCUUCUAGUUCAAGGGGCGGGCAGUUCACAGCUUUCAGGUGACAUGCAAAUUCUUUUCAGCCGCUGCUCGGAUUACAGAAUGUGGUUUUACCUGAGGUUUUGCAUUGGUCCUGUUAUAUUUGAAUAAAACAUUCCCUGACUGCUUUUUGUCACGUUUUCGCAUUGGCAUACUAAAAGUCACUUCAAAUACAUAUUCAAAUACAUAUGUUCUGAUAGACUGCAAAUGAUA